GCCUGGCUGAAUUCUGACUCUUCUUAGGAAGUGCUGGAUGUGGGGGAAACCUGGGGGAGUCCCAGUGGUGGGGGGCUACAGGGUGCUGAGAGGAGGGGAAGAAGAGACUAACAAGGAGAGAGACAGGGAGAGACAGGGAAUCAGAAGCAGAGAGAAACAGGCGGAGAGACAGAAAGAGUGAGAGCCAGAGCGAUACAGUGACAGGGAGAGACACACCGAGCAAAGACUGAGUCAUCAAGAGAUCCACGAAGAUACCGGGAAGCAGCGGAGAGAACCAGCUCGGUGGAGACACAGCAGGGAGAGAGGAACCUGGGGCCGAGCUUGGAAGGCCAGAAACAGAAAAGAAAGCGAAAGGCGGAGAAAGAUCCUGGUGGAGAAAGUUCCGCGGAUUGGAGGGGGCAGGCUCCGGGCAGGCGCAGACUCUGGAGAAAGAGGCUGUGGGCAGGGGCAGGCUCUGGGCAAGGGCAGGCUGUGGGCGUGGCAGUUUCUCCAGCUGGCUUCUCUUUAAAACGGCGGCGCCGGAGUCCGCUCGCAGUCCCUCGUCGCCAGUCAUGGGACACUCCCCUGGUGCCGCGCUGGAUCCCGAGGCUCCGUGGCCUCCGGCGCCCCGCACCCGCUCCUGCCGCCCGCUGCUUUGGGUCCUGGUCGCCGGGCUGCUGCUGCUCGCGGCCGUCUGCGCCGUCUGCGUCGCCCGCCCCUGGGCCGUCUCCGGGGCUCACGCCUCACCCAGCUCCGUACCCAGCCCGAGACUCCGCGACAGCCCCGAGCUUUCGCCAGGUGACCCCGCCCGCCUCCCGGACCCGCGGCAGGGCAUGUUUGCACAGCUGGUGGCCCAAAAUGUUCUGCUGACCGACGGGCCCCUGAGCUGGUACAGCGACCCAGGCCUGGCAGGCGUGUCCCUGGCGCGGGGCCUGAGCUACGAGGAGGACACGAAGGAGCUGGUGGUCGGCACGGCUGGCGUCUACUACGUCUUCCUGCAACUAGAGCUGCAGCGUGUGGUGGCCGGCCAGGGCUCAGGCUCCGUCUCACUCGCGCUGCACCUGAAGCCGCAGCGCCCUGCUCCUGGGGCCACCGCCCUGGCUUUGACCGUGGACCUGCCACCCACCUCCUCCGAGCCUCGGAACUCGGCCUUCGGUUUCCGGAGCUGCCUGCUGCACCUGGGUGCCGGCCAGCGCCUGGGCGUCCGCCUGCACACUGACGCCGGCACACAUCAUGCCUGGCAGCUUACGCAGGGUGCCACUGUCUUGGGACUCUUCCGGGUGACCCCCGAAGUCCCAGCCGGACCGCCCGCACUGAGGUCCAAAUAACGCCCCACCUGGGUGCAGCGCACCUGGACAGAGACUGAACCCUACUGAGACCCCUGGUGCUGGGUCCCUGCUGCUUUCUUUACCUCAAGGGGCUGGGUAGGGGUCCCUGCUGCUGACCUCCCCUCGAGGACCCUCCUCAUCCCCUCCUGCCCCACCGUGGACCUUGAUAUUUAUACUGACCCUGAUACCAGAUAUUAUAUGUAUGUAGAUAUUUAAAGAGUUUGUAUAUAUUUCUGAGUUUGUGGAAUGGGCUUUCUUAGGGGAGUUGUUGGGAGGUCUUCUACAUUGCCAAGCUGGUCUCAAACUCCUGGACAGAGACGAUCCUCCUGCCUCAGCCUCCCAAGCAACUGGGAUUCAUACUUUCUA